GGACUAUGAGUGCUUUCCCCAUUGACACGAUUCCGCGUUCUGCAACCUUGCAUGUUCUGAUGGAUCUUUGAGCAGUUUGAUCCCAGCAAAGAUCGCAGAAAAAAUCAAACAACCAAGAACCCCAAACAACCAAACCAGAAGAUAAGACAAACCAGAAGACAAUCACAACAAACAAACACAAGACAAACCAUGGUGGCACCCAAGCACCCAAAAGAUUUCAGCUGCGAUGAAGUCGGCAUGUGGCUGGUAGCCAUUGGCCUCGGCUCCAAAGUGGAGCUGUUCGAUGUCGCUGGCGUGGACGGCAGCAUGUUGGUCAUUCUGAGUACCGACGACUUUGCCGAGUUGGGUCUCAGUGGCCUACAAGGCAAGAAGCUCAUGACGAGUUUGGAAAGCGCCAAGGCCAUGGCAGAAGGCGGUGGUGGCGGAGGUGGUGUCGAUGAAGCCACUGCGAAGCGCUUGCAGGAACUCGAAGAUGAGAAUUUUGCUCUUCGUCAGCAAUUGGCAGCGUAUCAGCAGGCGUCAGCUCCUCCUCCAGAACCUGCCCCAGAACCUGCUCCAGCACCGGCACCAGCCCCACCACCGCCGCCAGUACACCAUGCCCCUGCUCCGGCUCCUCCACCGCAAAGAAGGCAAGGUGCCGUUACUGGCCACGUGGUUGCCGGAGCUGCCGGUGGUGCUGCACGAGGUGCCAUUAAGGGUGCCGUUGUUGGAGCGGUCCUUGGAGAUGCCGGCAAAGGUGCCGCGGCUGGAGCUGCUGGAGGUGCUGUGGGUGGAGCCAUGGGCGGCCUCGGUGCUCGUCGUCGUGCCCGUAUGAGGGCUCGUCGGUAAACACACCCAAACAAAAGAAUGCCAAAAAAUUGCACCGUUUGUCACACGAAAAUUGGCGUAGCCAGACCCCCCAAAAGUUCCUGCUACCGUACCAGAGUUUGCCAGAUCAAAAGACAAAUAAUACCAUAUUAAGAGAAUCUACUCAAUGAAUUAGAAAAUGAUGUUGUGGUGAACCCAAGUGAGAAAUAGAACACUCGACAUUUUCCUUUGGUCUAGCUUCUAUUGGAAAUUAUUGUGGUGUUUUAGUGGGUGCACUGUGGUCUAAUAACCUUCCCUUACUUCCAUUUUCCAAUGUGGAUGU